AUCAGUGACGAGCUUCCAAAGCUAUUCAGAGAGGCAAAUGUGUUAUACUGGGUGCGUGCAUUGCUAACAUUUUCAUACGAGUACAUUGAUCAUUGUGUUUCCAAUUUGCCUGAACCUCUGCCCUUUCAUAUCCCUCGCUUGCACUUCGUUGAGGCUGGUCUCGCGUUAUUGCAUGAUCAUGCACAACCUGGCCACAAAUCAAAGUCACUGACCAUACCUUGGGCUGGGUUCCUUGUCAAAGAGUUGAUCACCGAUGAAUUCCUCAAAUAUAUCCAUAACAUGGAUUGCAACCUGAUGCUCGACCCAUACGAGGUUGGCUAUGAAAUCACUGCAUUUUUAGCUUGUACACAACAUAUACAGUACGUCAAAACCAGCGGUCUUGCUUUCAUCUCCGAUUAUCAAGGUAUGCAUCAUCAUGUCAGUCCUAUGUAUGACCUUGUAGGCUGA